AUAAAAUUAAAAAUCGUUAUUUCAAUUAUAUCUGAAAGGAUUCUCACAGAGAAAUGAAACUUUCGAAACUUUCGUUGAGGGGUGGAAGACGAUUCAAGGGUAUCCAUUGUUAACGAUGUCAACAACUGCUCGAGCAGCACGAAGAGCUCACGUCGCGACGCUCCUCUUCCUCUAUUUCGUGCGACGGAUAUAUCACGAAACGGGAGCCUUAUCUGUUCCAUGUCAAAAUUUAUCGUAUCAUUUCACCACCCAUAUGCGGAGAAUGUUCAAAUAAAAAUCGUAAAUUCAAGUUCGGGCCCCGUGACAGUGAUCAUUCGGUGCACGAAUGGCUAACAGAAGAGAAGCGUGAAACUUUAUUAACCAUUCUUCGUUCGUUGAACAGAUGAAUAAUCAACUUGGAUGCGUUUUGCAGUGAACGGGGAAGUGGAAGUCCUUCUCAUUUUUGUUCUGUGACAUAAAACAUGCGAAUCCUUUUCCAGAUUCUCGAGAAAUUAAUCCGUGGUUGGUGGAGGGAUCUCAACGAAUUGGAUUCACCAGCGUUUAAUUAUAAUUAACCGUAACAACUUUUUUGUUAAUUAGAUAAAGCUGACUCUUAUGAAUCCUUGUAGCAGUUUGGAUACCGGAUUUCGAUAGAAAGUGAAGAAAUAAAAAAAAAAAAAAAAGAAAAAGAAGUCACGCUAUUGGAUGUGCAGCAACAACGUUGGCUCGGUCGAUUAAUUUGAUUAGAUAUAAAUAUCGCAGGAUGUGCGCCGGCUGAUCUGCAUGAUUUUCUGCGCUGUUUGUCAAAGGUGUCGGCUGCCUCCUUUUUCACCGUCUCUCUUUCUCUUUUUAUCUAUCCCUUUGUCUCUCUGUCUUACGCGCUAUAUCUCUCUCUGCCUUUCCUUCUGAUAAACACGUAAAAUUCAUCUCCACGCUCUUGCACGUCCUCGUCCUCGAGUACGACAGAUGCGCACAACGUUUGGAAAUAAUUCGUGCAAACGUACGAGAUCCGAGAUCGAUCGAAGUUGGAAAGUUUCGUGAUGCAGUGAUCCGAGGGGAUCGUGACACCGCCACUCUUAGCCGAAUCAGAGAGAAAUGGACAAGGACAGGCAUGGACAAGUUGCAUCUCCGCCGGAUCGAAGAGCAACAAGAGACGAUAUUGCAGUGUCCUCACCCGGUGCAUCUCCAAACGUUAAUGCAACUACGAGUUGCACUGGUACAACAUCGUCUCGAUUGCACAAUCCUUCCUCGCCAGGUCGAAAUGGCCAGCUAUCGAAACAAGGCACAUUAACGAUAGUACGCCGAAGUUCUGGCAAGAAUAAGAGCAUUGGCGGAAGUUUCGAAAGUUCUCCGCCCCCGCACAGUCCUGACACUCUUUCGUCAAGUCAAUCCGUGGAUCUCGAUGAGAUUCUUGAUAAUGUCGAUCUAACGACAGAUUCGCUUCCUGCCGUUGACACCCCCGACGCUUGCGACAAAGCUGCUCUCAGAUUGAGAUGUUUACUGAGGCAGCUUCAACAUGGCGAAAUAUCAGCAGAAUUACUUCAACGAAAUUUGCACUACGCGGCACGUGUGCUCGAAGCUGUCUUCCUCGAUGAAACCAAGGUGAAUUCAGGAGGGGUUGAGUGCUCUCGGUCAUCGCGUAGGGGUACGGGCCUGUCAUCUGCAUCCCUUGGGAGCGCCUUGGACUCGGAUGGACAACAGGGCCACGCGGUGGUAACCCAGAAACGGAAGCUUCGCACCCCCGUAUGGGCAAGAGAUGCCGAGCGUGUGGAGUCGACCGCUGCUUGCCGUCAGGGUAUAAGACGUAGGCGGCUGGCGGACGAGGACGAUGAACUGUCGGAGGUACAACCGGACGCGGUGCCACCGGAAGUCCGCGAGUGGCUGGCUUCGACCUUUACCAGACAACUCGCGACUACGAGGCGGAAGGCAGACGAGAAGCCAAAGUUCCGCUCUGUCGCGCACGCUAUUAGAGCGGGGAUCUUUGUCGAUCGGAUUUACAGGCGGGUCACCAACACCGCGCUUAUGCAGUUUCCUCAGGAAGUGGUUAAAGUGCUUAAGACUUUAGACGAUUGGUCCUUUGACGUAUUUUCACUAAAUGAAGCCGCAAUGGGAGCACCUGUGAAAUAUCUCGGUUAUGAUUUAUUGAAUCGAUAUGGAAUGAUCCACAAAUUCAAAGUUCCCGCAACAGUAUUGGAGUGCUUUUUGGGAAGAGUCGAGGAGGGAUAUUGCAGGCAUAGGAAUCCGUAUCAUAACAAUCUUCACGCAGCUGAUGUCGCACAGACUAUGCACUAUAUUUUAUGUCAAACAGGACUUAUGAAUUGGCUGACCGACCUGGAGAUUUUCGCCACGCUGGUUGCGGCGAUUAUUCACGACUACGAGCACACUGGGACCACAAACAAUUUCCACGUAAUGUCCGGUAGCGAUACAGCCCUACUCUACAACGAUCGGGCCGUUCUCGAAAAUCACCACAUCUCCGCGAGUUUCCGAAUUAUGAGAGAGGACGAGUGCAAUAUAUUGCAAAAUCUAUCGAGGGAGGAAUUUCGUGAAUUUCGUUCACUGGUGAUCGAUAUGGUGCUCGCGACCGAUAUGAGCUUUCAUUUCCAACAACUGAAGAACAUGAAAAAUAUUCUUAGCUUAGCAGAGCCCAGCGUGGACAAAAGCAAGGCUGUCAGUCUGGUUCUUCAUUGUUGCGACAUCUCGCAUCCGGCCAAAAGAUGGGAUCUUCAUCAUAGAUGGACAAUGCAACUGUUAGAAGAAUUUUUCCGCCAAGGGGAUAAGGAAAAGGCACUCGGAUUGCCGUUUUCUCCGCUGUGCGAUCGUAACAAUACCUUGGUGGCUGAAUCGCAAAUAGGAUUCAUCGAGUUUAUCGUCGAACCCAGCAUGCAGGUGUGCAGCGAUAUGUUGGAGACAGUUCUCACACCGUUGAACGUAAAGGAGAGUGUGGACGAAUCGAACAACGGAUCGGGUGGCGAAAGCAGAAGGUUCAAGAUUGGGAAACCAUGGAUUCCAUGUCUUGCGGAGAAUAAGAGAAUCUGGAAGGAGCAAGCCGUUCGAGACGCUGAAGCAAGGGCGCAGAAGGAACAAGAGCAAAAGGCGAGUAGUGAUAACCGCGAGGAUGGCGAUACGGCACAGCCAGCAUCCGAGGAAUGAAAAAUUCGGCGAGCCAUUAUAUUUUUCAAAAAUAUAUGUAAUUUUAGGCUACGAAAAAAUUCGUGAUCUUAUACACCGGAUAAUAUCCAGUGACACGUAUAAAUGAAUCGCGAGCCGGAUAAAACAGCGACCUCUAUUGACGAUCGAGUAAACGCGCGAAAAUUCGAACGUAUAAUUAGAAAAAAUACCACGAUUACUUAUACUGUUUGUUUAUCAUUGUUUAUAUUUCACGUUUUUAUCGCUCGACCAAAUUAUCGGUAUCCUUUCUCAUUUCCAAUUCUUGAUUUUUUCUCGUAACUCAACGUAGGUCUCAACUUUGCAUGGUCGACACGUUCUAUUCUCAUAUCUUCGUUGAGAAAUAUUCACGAUUUAUAAAUAUACGUUUCAAAAUUUUUCUUAUUCUAUAUUAUUAUCGAACAAUUACAGAUUUUUCAUUGAGCUUUGAAUUAACGCCUUGAUAAAAUGUAGUGAUACUAGAUAGAUUUUAUUAUUUAAAUAAUGA